AUGCUCACCUUCACCACCGGCCUCGCACUCGUGGCACUGCUCGGCUUCCUCACACAGGCGCUCGUGCCGAUCCCCAGCACCGCUCUUCGCGAACUGGCUGCACCCUGUCUCAACGCACAACGACUCAAAUUCGACGCACCUGUUGCGCCCACCGGCAUCGUCGCGAGCCCCUUCGGCGCCGACCUGCAUGCCGUCGUCAACCUCUCCAGCGCCUCUAGACAAAGCAGGGAACAAAACGCCGGAAGCGAGGUGGACGACCAGUUCGUGGGAAGCGAGGUCGACCGCGUCUUCGCGCUCGACGGACACAACCGGUCACACGGGGGCACCCUGGAGCCCUACAAGGUCGAAAUUCCCACCGCAAACGACUUGGCUCGAGAAGGAGUGCACCUUCCCUCCCUCGACUCCAGCAUUCUCGUGACUACCACCGCCCCCGACGCUCCCGGAAUCGAGGUGCAAGAUGACGCGGUAAAUUUCGCCGAAGAUGACGCCGAAGAUGAGACGGAAGACGACACGAAUACGGCCCAUGUCGGCACUGACGACGACGACGACGGCGACAUGGAAGUACAGGAGGAGGCGUCUGGAGUAGUGCUGAACAGUGCCGACGACUGGGAUGGCGGUCCGACUGUUCGGUCGAAUUCGGGAGCGCCAUUUCGCGAGGAUGAAGAGGAAGAGUACUCGCCCUUGGCUUUCGACCAGGCGCUGAUCUGGGUGGACGAUCGCUCUUCCUCGUCACGAGAGCCAGCCCGGGACUCGGAUCCGAAACAGGAGCGUCCGACGUCGUCCAAAAAUCGGUUGUGGCGAAUGGUGGAGCGGCACGACUUUAUGUCCUAUUUGGGGCUACUUCCGCCUCCCGUUGAGACCAGAGACUUUACCGUGUCGCUGGCAGACAGCUUUGACCCGAGCUACUCCGAGUGUCACACUGCGGGCAAAAUCUCAGCCAGCGCGCAAGCUACUUUCCACUCGCUCGGAAUAAUUGUCUUUAUUGUCGUCGGCCUCCUAGCGGCCUGGGUGUUCACUAUCUGGCUCCUUACCCGGUCGCUCCUGGUGAACGGAUGCGGCAGUGCACCCAGGACUUUCGAACCCACAUUUAUGAGUAUCUUCCUCAAGAUACUCUUCGGCACGAUACCUCUUGUAUUCUGGUGGGUUCAUCCUAUCACUAAAUCCCUAAACCCGAUAGACAAGGCAGGUAUAGUGCAGCGUAUGAGCGUUACAUGUUUGCUCGCCUACAUUAGUACGCUAGGUCUCGAUAUACGACAGUUGGCUCGCGGUAUUAAACGCAACCACGAAUACGUGUGCAAACGCCACAUUGGACGCCGAGUAUUCGGUCACGCGUCCGGGAGCAGGAUGUUCUGGUAA